AUGGAAAGUUUUGAUAAAAUAAACCUAAUUGCUCAUCCCAAUUUUGAGGUUUUGGCUACUUUCAGGUAUGAUCCUGGUUUUGCACGCUGUUCAUCGACAAGUAAAGAAAUUUUUGAAGCUCCCGACCCCAGAUUAGGUUUAAGAGAUGAAGAAAGUAGACAGCAGAUCACUAACGAAGACUACCUUGGUUAUUUACGAGUAAAGAAAGCCAAUUUCAAUGCUGACCUUCUCAUAAAUAUUCAACAUCCUGAUGUUUGGAAGCAGACUUGCAAAACUAUCAUAUGCCACUCCAAAGAAGACAUAUUACAAGUCAUCUGUCAGAGGUUUUUUUUAUUAGAUGAACAAUAUCAAAGAAUAAGAUUAGCUUUAUCAUACUUCAAGAUUAACUUCCACAUAUCUCUAAAGGAAUUAUUACAGUUAUUAAUUGAAAAUUUAAUUAACUGCAAAGAAGGGAAAGCAGAAUAUGAUGCAAAACUCCAAAAUAUGGUCAACGAAAAGCAAUGUUACAAAAUGCGAGUACUUGUUUCUCAGACGGGGCAUAUAAGAAUUGAGGCAGUGCCAUUACCCAUGAAACCUAUACUUGGAUUGACGACUGAUUGCGAAAAUGCAUCUACCUAUUUUAUCAAAACAAUGUUAAACGGAUUUCUGUAUCAUAAUUCAGUAAAUUGGGAUGUUGUUAUUUCAUCCGAAUCGUUAAACGAAUCAGCUUUCACCAGGUUUAAAACUACUUCAAGAGAUCAUUACACUAGAGCAAGAUCCCGCAUGCAAGCUGCUAUGAAUGACUUGAGAGGUUCGGAUCCUCUUUCUCCAGUCUCUCAAUGCGAAAUUUUAUUCUCCAACAAGGCUGGACAACUGAUGGAAGGUUCAAUAACAAACGUGGCCGUAAUUCGGAAAGACCCUAGUGGUACUAAGAAGUAUGUAACACCGAAAUUAACAACUGGAUGCUUGUGCGGGACAAUGCGUCAUUAUCUGUUGCGGCUCAGUCUUAUUGAAGAGGGAGAUAUAAAAAUUGAAAGUGUUACUGUUGGUGACGAAGUCCUGCUCUUCAAUGGUGUUAUGGGAUGUAUAAAGGGAACAGUGAGAACGAAAUAUUGA